AUUUGUAAAUCAGACCUUACCAAAAUGGCGACUGACGCGAUGAAUUACCAAAAUCCUUAUGCUUUCACAGCAGCGGGUGAAUUAGGCAUAAAUCGGGAAACCAUGCUGCAAAAUGAACUUCUUCUUAGGACUGAGCUUGGAAAACCAAAAAGAAGAGGAGUAAUUGUACCAGCAGGACUAACCUAUGGUCGCCCAAAUGCACUCAGAGAUGGUGGAUCCACAGAAGCACUUCAUGGUUGGCCCACCCUUUCCUCUACAACUUUGCCAUUUAAACAGAAAGAAAAAACAGCACAGAGAGAUUUUAUGGCCUUAAACAGGGCUGCUGUUUCAGCUGACAAACCAUCUACUCCAAUCUUUGACCUCUUAGAACACAAAUACCAGGAUAAAUGGCUACAAGAAAGACGAAAACUGGAACUGGCAAAGAGACAGGAAGAGAGCAAGAUGGGUAGAAGUACACACUCGGCAGGAAUACUCGGUUCCCUACAAAAAAGAUCUCCUGGUCAGGUGUAUGAAACCAGAGCGUCAUUGUUGAGGACUUACCAAAACCCAGUUGAUGCUGACCCACUCUGGCAAAUGCCAAGAUUUACUAAAGAGGCAAAACCAUCUCUCCAGACAUUCAGAUCAGCUCAAGCAAGAAGAUCAGCUUAUGACAACUUUGACUCUGACAAAAUCUCAAGAAAAGGCAAUUUCGGACACGGAACAUAUGAAUCAGCAAAGAAUUAACAUUAUGAUUAGAAAUUUUUAGUGUAAAUCAAAAUUGUGAUAUAAAUAUUAUUAAAUCAGUCCUUUACAUUGAUUUUAUUAUUCAGUGUAGUGAACAUUUUGUGUAAAAACAUAAUUCUUUUACUUCAGAAGAAUACAUUACUGUAUAAGUGGUAGGUCUCCCUACAUCAAAUAAUUACAGACAAGCGAUAUCCAUGGGUUGUAUUUCUUAACUGUGGCAUCCGUUAUUGUUUUUCCAUAUAAAUGGUUAUCUAGAAGGUGAAUUUUGUAAGAUUAAUUUAUGAGAUAAUAAAUUCAUGCCUAUCUAAUACAUAUGCAUAUUUAUUGAGACAGUAUUGACACAUGUUGGAUUAUUUAAACUUGACUUGCAAUGUGAUAGUCAUUCAUUGAUUGUUCACUGUUUAGGGCAGAAUUGGUGGUAUUGCUCUCAUUUCAAGAUGUGAAAAUUACAACUAGGAACUCGCUCUUUACACUUCUAGAAGAAAGAAAUGUAACUUCUGUGAAAGCCCUCAACUGCUUCAGUACUGAUCUUUAAACAAGGACAUUUUCUAAUUAUACAGUAUUGUUUUUACACUGUCCUCAGUGACAUAUAUUUAAACGUCUCAUUUGAACUUAUUUGUUAUGAAACGCGUUUCACAUAUUGUCAGUAUUGUAACUGACUUUACAGCCCAGAAUUACAAACUCAGUAUUACACUAGGAAUUUACCCCAUUUACUAUUCCAGAAAAAAGAAGUGUUACUAACAAUGCAUGUUUAGAUAGUGUGUAGGGUAAGAUUUCUUCAUUAAAUAUUUCUAAAAAAAAAUCUGAAAACUUUCCUCGGUUCAAAUUCAGGUAUUACCAUAAGGCAUUGAUUUGUCAGUAUUAAAUGUUUAACAUAUGAGCCAUGCUAUGAGAAAACCAACAUAGUGGCUUUGCGACCAGCAUGAAUCCAGACUAGCCUGCGCAUCUGCGUAGUCUGGUCAGGACCCAUGCUGUUCGCUUUCAAAGCCUAUAGAGAAACCACUAGCGAACAGCAUGGAUCCUGACCAGACUGCGCAGAUGCGCGGGCUGGUCUGGAUCCAUGCUGGUAGCAAAGCCACUAUGUUUUCUCAUGGCGCGGCUCAUAUUUUAAUAUGAUAGCAGCUUCAUUUCUGUUCAAGAUGACAAAUUUUAAUUAUAUCAGAAACAGCUGAUUUAAUGUGGUGCCCAAAAGUACAGCUUAAAAUAUUGGGUGUUAUCUUGGUUAUUAACAAAAAGUUUUGUCCAUAAGGUACAUUUAUUUAUAUAUUUUUACUAGUGAUUUCCUUUAAGAAAUAAUGUAUAGAAAAAACGUGUUUUAACAUUAUCAAUACACGGAAAGAGGAUAUUCAUCAGCGGAAUAAUUUCACAAGGGCAUAGCCCGAGUGAAUUAUUCUGGCGACAUAUAACCGAUUUUGAGUGUAAUAUAUUUAGGUAAAACACGAUUUUGCUAUACAUUAUUUCGAUUCUAAUAUGCCCUUAAUCUAAAACAGUAGAUAAAAUAUAAUAGCGCUCUUUCUUGGUCGCAACAAAACAUUGACAUCAUUGCAUGUUAAUGUGAGGUCAUUUUAGCGUAAGCGUGUUUUAACAGAAACAAGCAUAUUAGAAAUAUAAGUAAUGUUAAGUACUGCUGUUGAGAGGAGAUUAAUAUACCAUUUUGUAAACUGCUGCUGUCAUUUUACAGGAAAUACUGAUUAGAGCUUUUGUGGCUCACCUUGUGUUAAUGUUACCUAGCAACAUUAUUUCAUAUUUCACUGUUCUGGACAAUUGCCAUAUAUGUACAUUAUCCGCAUCACUCUGUGUGUGUAUUGUAGUGUGUUUUCAUUACUGUGUUAAGCAAUAUUAUGUCUUUUCACAUUCAACAUACAUGUUUACACAUGUAUAUUUCCUUCCCAUUUUAACUGUGAUCCGUUUUAACCAAUAUUUAUAAAAAAAACUUUUUUUUUUAAAUCAAUAUUUAUUAUAAGUUUAUUAAUUUUUGUUUCAUUUAAUUUAUUUACUAUAUAAUAUAUAGGCAGGUUAAUUUUGUUGUCUUUAGAACAUUGCUUCCUUGAAAGUGACAUAAGUAUUGUAAUAGUCUAAAUAUGUCUGAAAACGUUGAAUGAGUUUAUUUUAUUAAACUGUUUACAAACUUUUAUAUGUUCUACAUAAUAGUACAGUUUGCUUGCACCUGGCAACUGCUGAUUUUAGGUCUAAAUGUUUGGGGGUUUUAAGAUUUUUAUGUUAAAAUGAUACUAUUUAAUAUACUUGAUGACAAAAUUAAUCAUAUAAAGCGCGAGGUUGAAAGUAUUAUUAAGUGCUCUAGUUUCUAGAAGUUUCAUUCUAGUCUGUUGUAUAUCUAGGUAGUCAAGAGGUAAUGAUUAGAGAAAGAACAUUCCAUAAAGAACAAAUACAUAAAGUUUCAUAUGAGUUGUCUACCUCUAAAUAUUUCAUUUGUCUUAAAUGUUUUCUACAUUGUUAUCUUAACAACUGUCAUGAUUGAAUUUGAUGUUGAAAUGCACGCUUUUGAUACAUGUAUCAAUGAACUUUCGGGGAAAAAAAAUGAAAUGUUUACUCAGAUUGUAGAAAUUGUUUAUCAGUUUGAUAGACCAGAAUCUAUAGCCUGUUUAAUAUGUUGAUAAUAGUUGUAAAUACAAAAGGUUUAGCAUAGCUGAAAAGAAAAGUGCACAUGUACUUAACAAAUAAAAGACUACAGCAAUCAAGAAAGAGAAACAAAUGGAGAACUGAAGAAAUAACCUUAUAAAAAUUCAGAAGAUAGUCAGAAAUAACCAUUAGGUUAUGGAAAUGAAUAAAAAAAUUUAAAGAAUGUAGUCUGGAUUUUACCCAUUUUUGACUUUGUAUUAGUGAAUACAACAAUGUGAUUAACAUUGAAUUUCAUAGGACUUAAUUUCGUUGCUCGCAGAAAUUUUGGCUAAUAACACCAAAUCUGUUGUUACUCUUUGCUUGUUGCCUUUUUUGUAAAGUUAAUGCUAGAUUUAUAUCACUGGAUGUACAAAACGUAGGUAGAAUAGUGGCAUAUUUGGGACUGUGAUAUUCUGUAUAAAACUGCAACUUUGUGAUACAUUCAGUUUCAUUGCGUUGAAACAAAAUAAAAUAUUGUUGAAUA